CUUAACCUUUCACCCCUUGCUGCCUCAAGACGAACGCUUGCAGGAGGAUUGUGUGGAGCCGAGGUAAAAAUCAACACUUGAAGCAGGAUAGGCAUGGAUGAGGCAGGAUAUGGGUCUCCUACUGAUGUUCCCCUGAAGCUCGGUGACGGGUCUCCUGUUGGAGUUACAUGUGACAGAGAUGCAGGCAAUGUCGGAGACGAGCAGAAAGCAAGCAAAAAUAGUUUGGAAUGUCAGGAAGAAGCACAUACUGAUGAAAAACCUUAUCUAUGUGAGGAUUGUGGUUACAAGACAUCAAAGAAGUCCCACUUAUUGCAACAUAUGAGAACCCAUACAGGUAAAAAACCCUACACGUGUAGCCAGUGUGAUUAUUCUGCUACACGGAAAUCCUCAUUGGACAGACAUCUAGCAAAACACACGGGUGAGAAACCCUACUUGUGUGGGGAAUGUGGGCACAGGACAGCUCAAAAGUGUGACUUAUCCAAACACAUGAGAACCCAUACCGGUGAAAAACUCUACAAGUGUGACCAGUGUGGUUAUUCUGCGGCACAGAAAUCCACUUUGGGUAGACAUCUUGCAAAACACACCAAUGAGAAACCUUACAAGUGUGACCAGUGUGAUUAUUCUGCUGCACAAAAAUUUAACUUAAACACCCAUCUUCUCCAACACACUGGUGAGAAACCCUACAUGUGUGGGGAGUGUGGGUACAGGACAACUCAGAAAUCUGCCUUAUCCCAACAUAUGAGGACCCAUACCGGUAUAAAGCCAUACAAAUGUGACCAGUGUGACUUCUCUGCAGCGUAAAAAAGUAAUUUGGACACCCAUCGUG